AUGCGCUUCUCAACUUUGCUGGCGGGCUUGACGCUGGGCUUUGCAUCUUCGUCGCAGGCAAUCAACAUUCUCCUCAACAAUGACGACGGGUUUGCAUCAGGGAAUCUGCGCGAGGUGUACCGCUUGUUGAAAACGGCCGGUCACGACGUCUGGAUUGUUGCGCCGGCCACCGAACAGAGCAGCCAAGGCGGCCGUUCAUCCUUCACAGAACUCGGCAACCUGACUGGGCCGUCACAAUACGACAUUAUUCCCGCGGGCGCCCCUUCAGUCGGCACCGACCCUCACGAUUCCCAAAUCUGGUACUACAACGGAACACCCGCCGCGUGUACGUUUGUUGCGCUAGACUACGUUCUUCCCCGACACGCGCCCUUCCACGUCCCCGACCUCAUCGUGACGGGACCGAAUUUCGGAGCCAACCUCGGUCCAUUUGUUUGGACCCUGUCAGGAACCGCCGGCGCAUCCUACGCCGCAACGGAGCGAUCCGUGCCAAGCAUCGCCAUUGCGGGGAGUAAUAAAAAGAUUGCCUAUUUCGACAUCAAAAACGAAACCAACGAGGCCACAUGGACGGCCAGGGUCUCGGUAAAGGUCAUUGAGCAAAUCAUCCGCAGCGCUCCCGACGGCGGCCCCCUGCUUCCUCUGGGCUACGGCUUGACCGUCAACAUUCCCCUUCUCACGGCGAACAAUACGGAUCCCGAGAUUGUCCAGACACGCAUGACGGGAAACGCGCACAUCAAUGAGGCCGUUUGGGAUCCAGCCACGGGCGUCUUUCAUUGGGCCAAUAUCAAGCCGUACUCGGCGGGUCUGAAUGCGUGUGUGAAUGGUGACUGUCGGCUUCCUGGCGAGACGUAUGUUGUGGAGAGUGGGAGGGUUUCUGUGUCGGUGUACAUUACUGAUUAUGAUGCGCCUGCGACCGAGUACACGCAGAGCAUAAGGGAGCGCGUCAAGCCCCUGACGAAGAACUGUUCAACAGCGAAAUAG